CGAACGGCUGAUCAAAUAUAAAAACUUGGUAGUAACUGGAUGUAAUAAGAGUCAAUUUUUUUUUGUAAUAAAAGGGAUUAUGGAAAUUGAUUUGUAAUAAAAUUGAAGGACGUAUUUAUAGAGAUGAAAUCAAGUGACAAAUUUGAAAGACACUAUCAAGAGUAUCAAUAGAAAAUUGGACAAUUUUGGUAUGGGUCGAUUUUAGGUCGCACGUAGAUCGUGCUUUUUGGAACGUAGAGAGAACUUACUGGAAGAUUCGUAGCAAGUAUAAUACUAUUUUCAGUAUGUCAGACUGGGAUACCGCUCCAAUUACUCUACGUAAACGUCCACCAAAGGCUUCAGUACUUAAAUCGGAACAGGCGGUGAAUGCUGCACGUCGUCAAGGUUAUGCUGUUGAAACACAAGCGAAAUGGGGCGGAGGAGCAAACAGACAACAUGUAACAACUAAAAAUACUGCUAAGUUAGAUAGAGAGACUGAAGAACUGAAACAUGACAAAAUCCCACUUGACCUUGGUAAAUUAAUUCAACAAGGCCGGCAAAGUAAAGGAAUGUCUCAGAAAGAUCUUGCCACAAAAGUAAAUGAAAAGGCACAAGUCAUCAAUGACUAUGAAGCUGGUCGUGGUAUUCCAAAUCAGACGGUGAUUGGUAAAAUCGAACGAGUGCUAGGAAUAAAAUUACGUGGGAAAGAUCGUGGAAAACCGUUAACAACCCCCGGGACAAAAAAGUGAAUCUCGGGGGGAAAAAAUUUCAACUUUCUACCCUGACGCAUCGUUCCCUAAACAGAACUGCAAAAACAAAAUUGUAGGAUUGAGAGCAACUACUACUUCCACCCUAUUCAUCUUUGGUUAUUUUAUUACAUAUUUUAAAAUAUUAUUUUAUAAAUAUAUUACUGUGUAUUGUAAAAUAGAUAAUUAUAUGUCCUCAUGUAUAAAACAGAAUUACAUUUCUAUUUAAUUUAAAGGAAAUUACAAGCACUUGAUACCGGAACUAUCAAAAAAAGCUGUUAAUUUAUCUUUAUAUACUAUUUUGUUACAUUUUCAAAUACACGUCAUUGAUUCUAUUAUAAAACAGAUUUAUUAUUUCAUCUUCUUGAAUGUUCAUUCGAAGAAACUAAAUAACGUUGUAUUAUUAUAAAUAACAUUACAAGGUUGUUGCUAUGUAUAUAUAAAGAUCAGUGAUCAAUUUUAUAAUGAUUAAAAAAUCAUAUUUAUAAAUACACAAAUGCAUUCGUAAGCAUCAUACAUCAUCAUAUUUGCAUAGAGAUUGAAGUAUUAAUUUAUAAUCUAGUAACAUUUCAUUAUACACCACAGUAUAGCUUGUACAUGAGAGAAAUUACUAAAUAAACA